CCUGACACGGUGGAUCUAACGCGAGAUGGGGGCAGCAGGCUCCUCUCGCUGGCCUUGGUAGCGGCGACGAUGCCAGCGGUACUCAGAAGCCCCAGCAACAACGGAAUUUUGCCGCGUCACGAGAGCAGGAAGAUCUGCAGCGCGCGAUCCAAAUGAGCAUGGCCGGCGUCUCACAAGAUCCAUGCAUCAACUCAAGCGAUGAUCAAGAUGACACCAUGCGCAACAGUGCACAUUCACAUACGCACGCAGCACAUGGUCCGUUGAUGCCCGCGCAGAUACACGUACCGCCGCUCUCAUUGAAUUCGGGCGGCUCAGGAACUCCGAGCUCGCAGCAAGUCAACCCCAACGUCUCUUGGGUGCACUUUGACUCAUCAACCACCGCUGGCAGACAAGCGGACGCGCAGUCCGGCUGGGUGCCGCCUGUUAGCCCAAAGGGAGGCGGCAUUGGCGGUCUCGGUGCUGUUGAAAGUACUAUCGCUGGCGCACCUGUGACGUCUUGGGCACUGCGACCGGAGGUCCUCGUUACUCGCGCAAGGGCGUCAUCCGCCGGCACCGAUGCCAACGCGGGCAAGCCGCCCGUGGGCUUGGUCGCACCUACACCCAUCUUGCAAGGCUUCGCAUCCCUGUUGCAGGGUCUAUACGCCACACCCGCUGCGCGCGAAGCCAUUCUUUCUGUCUGUCCGCCAGAUGCACGGGCGGAGGAUGUGGAUAAUUUCUGGCGCGGAGAAGCGCCGAGCGCAAAAACCAGUGCCCAAGCAAGGGAGCAGGUGGGGGAGCAGCAGCAGCCUGAAACGAUGGACGAGGCAACAAAUGUGUCUGCUGGAUCGCAACAGCAGGAUCCUGUGGCACCAAAGAUAAGUGUGAAUGCGGAAGAGGGAGACGCCUUCGCCGCUGAAACGAGCGACGUGGUCAUGGAGUGCGUGGCUUCUGAUAGUCCAACCGCCCAGGCUCGCGUCGCUAUUGACGGGGAAGCAGAGAAACAGCCUGGCCCUGGGGCCCAAACGACCAUCACUACUGCGGAUGCAGAAGCAGAUGCAGGUAUGGAUACUGGCGGGGAGCAUCAGGAGCAACGGGAAGUUGGCAGCUUGAUCACCCGUGCUGCGGAUUCGAUUAUCGUUUUGCAGCGCAUACAGACACUCUUCGCGUAUAUGCAGACCUCCAACAGAGCCUGGGUCCAGAUCUCCGAUGUUGCUGCAGUACUGCAGUUCCAUGCGCAAGAGGCGUUGUCAAGGUCCGAAGGCCCUGCAGAUGUUGUCAGAUACUUGUUCGCCGUAGUCGCGCAAGCCUUUCGCGACACGUCGCUACUGAAUGCGCGACUGCAGCUGAAAAAUGAUGACCAAAUUAGCGAAGAAAUGGAAUCGCAGCGCCAGGCGGCAGAGAAGAUUGACUCUUUCAAGAACGAGCUCGAUUUUGUCUUUACCUCCACAGGCGGACGAACGCUAUGCUAUGAGGCACACACCGAUCUGCCGGAUAGGAUCGAGAGCACACCUACGCUCUACCUACAUCCUGACAAGUUACACUCAUCCAUCUCGCUCGCCUUUCGGCAGACGUUGUCGCAAGGCAACUUCCUCAUACAUCGUCCGGCGAGGGUCAUGUUGUUCUUGCUCGACCACACGUCACGCGGCGAUAAGUUCGAGUAUGACGACCCUCUCUUCAUCGACCAGCUGCUAUGGGAAAAGCGGAAAGGCGCGGCAUUACCCGUGGUACACCCGCAGGAGAUGCAAAAGCUUCACCAGGAAGAACAAGUGGCACGCGCCGAGUCGCUCAAGUUGGCACAGUUCAAAGGCCAAGAUCCAUUGCAGCUGUUGGAGUCAUCUAUCGAGUACUUUGACACGCUCUCUCAAGGUAAAGGUGAUCCGGAAACGUCAGCAACUGGAAUGAAUGUGCUGGAGAGUCUUCGGAAGAUGCUUGAUGGCUUGAAAAGCGCGCGCCGUGAGCUUGAAUCGAAGAUGGACACCGCAAAGCAAAAGCAAGAAGCGUUGGAACGAAAGCUGGUAGAGGACUUCAGCGAGACUGCAAAGCAGCCGCAAUGGCAGUUCGCUAUGACCUCCGCGCCUUAAUAUGCCCUGCUGGAGAGGGCCUCUUUCCCCUAGGCACCCUUGCCCUUGUCAAGGGCGAUGAUGAUGAGUGGUGGCGCGUCG